AUGGGGACCACCAAACCGCGCCCGGCCGGCCGCAAUUCCAUCGCUCAAACCCAAGCUCUCCCCGACAAGACCUUCAUCAUCGACAAUGGCGCAUACACCAUGAAAGCAGGAUACGCGCCCGACUUUCCACCUCCAGACGACGAGGAAACCGCCCUUUCAGCAUGCACCGCCAUCCCCAACGCGAUAGCCAAGACGCGCGGAAAUCGAAUCUACGUCGGGGCGCAGAUCGGGACCAACGUGACGGACUGGAACGAGAUGCUCUUCAGACGCCCCGUGGAAAAGGGAUACACGGUAAACUGGGAAGCGCAAAAAGAGAUUUGGGAGACUUCUUUCUUCGAUGAGAAGACAGUGCGGUCAAGGGAAUUGCGCGUUGCCGAGCCGGAGGAUGUCACGCUCAUUUUCACAGAAGCUCCCAAUGCGCUACCGGCGCUGCAGAAGAAUGCGGACGAGAUUAUCAUGGAGGAGUGGGGGUUUGGAGGCUAUUUAAGAUGUGUCGGUCCGUCGUUGAAUGCUUGGAAUGAAGUUCAAUCUCUAUUCGGAGAUUCACUCUUACAACAACCUGGUGCUGCAAUCUCUCCGACCGAGUGCCUGCUUGUGGUUGAUACCGGCUAUUCUCAUACUAUCGUUACACCCGUCUACAAAGGACAGCCGAUUCAACGUGGUAUUCGAAGACUCGACCUUGGGGGCAAACACCUCACAAACUAUCUCAAGGAGCUGGUAUCGAUACGUCAGUACAAUAUGGUUGACGAGACGUAUAUUAUGAAUGAAGUCAAGGAGUCUGUUUGUUUCGUGAGCAAUGACUUUUCCGGCGACCUGGAGCAAACUUGGAGAGGAAACCGCAAACGUGGUCAAUCUGAACCGGGAGGUGGCGUCGUGGUAGACUAUGUUUUGCCCGAUCCGAACGGAGGGAAAAAAGGCUUUAUGCGGCCGCAUGACCCCAUGCUAGGUUCCAAGAAAAGAAAAGCCGCGUUUUCUGGUGGUGCUGAACACCUUUCGGAGGAUGUUUUGGUGCUCGGAAACGAACGCUUCGCUGUCCCUGAAAUCCUUUUCACGCCCAGUGAUAUUGGCAUGAAGACGGCCGGCAUCCCGGAUCUGAUCUUGCAAAGCCUUUCAGUGCUACCUACUGGACUGCACCCGGCCUUCUUGGCCAACGUACUGGUUGUUGGCGGCAAUUCAUUGCUUCCUGGGUUUAUGGAAAGGCUGGAAACGGAGUUGCGCCAGAUCGCCUCAGCAGAAUGCAUUGUUAGAGUUCGACGGUCGAAAGACCCAAUCCGCUCUACAUGGCUCGGAGCGUCCCGACUGGGCACGAACAAAGAAGAGCUGAAAAAGGUCGCCGUGACUCGUCAAGAGUAUCAAGAACACGGAUCUACAUGGGUAGGUCGGAAGUUUUCUGGUGCUCUAUGA